UCCCCGGGACCAGGCCGGCUGCUCUCGGCGCCUCCAAUGCAGCCGCAGGAAAGGGGGCGCCUGGCGCGCCGUAGCCAAUAGAUUUCCAGCGUGCGUGCGUGUGUGUUUUAGUGGAUCCGAGCUUCGGAUGAAGAGCCGGAGCCAUGGAGUGGGUCGCCGCCGCUUCAGGAAAGAGGGGCGAUCCCUUUGCUGGAGGGAUCGCUGCCUGGGAGCCUCCCGAUGCGCCCCCGACGGCAGCAGAGCGCGGCCCCGAGGAGCUGCGGGACUGCACUGAUGGCUUCAGCUUUGCAGGCAAGCAGAGACCCAACGCAGGGGAAUGAAGGGGAGAAUCGGGUUCAAUGCACUUUUCAUUUAUGCUCCAUGUUUCAAUUGAGGUCAACAUCUCCUCCUUGGGAAAAGGACGUUGCUGCGGUAGAGUCUGUCCAGCAGCCGGUGACCUUUGAGGAUGUGGCCGUCUGUUUCACAAAGGGGCAGUGGGAUCUGUUGGAGCCAGAGCAAAAAGCCUUGUACAAGGAGGUCAUGCAAGAGAACUACGAGAACGUGGCCUCCCUGGGUUUCCCAGUUGCCAAACCGACCCUGAUAUUCUGGCUGGAGCAAGGAGCGGAGCCCUGGGUUCAAGAUAUGGGAGAAAAAGCAAUCAAAGCAAGCGACAAGAAGACGGCAAAGAAAAAAGCAACCUGCCCCCUGUGUGGGAAAAUAGUCUCUUCCAAAUACGCUCUUAUCGGGCACAUGAGGACCCACACGGGAGAGAAGCCUUACGAAUGCUCUGACUGCAGGCGGAGGUUUGCCUUGCGGAAGAACCUGACCUUGCACCAGAAAACUCACCAGAAACACCUUGUGCCAAACUCCCAGUUAAUCCAAGAAACCGCAUCCUGCAAAGCAUCUGCUUUUAGCCAGAACCAGCCAGGGGGACAAGAACAUCAAGAUUACCUAACGUCGGAGGUUUCAGUGCCUCAGCCGAGCUACCUUGGAGGAAUAAUCAAGGUUGAAAUGGUGGACGACCCAGACGAAAAAGACCCGAUGGAUGACUAUGCCCUCUCGCUGUGUCCCCCGAUGGAAGUGUGGCCUCCAGACCUGUAUUCAGAGAGCUGUGGAAGGGAACCUGGUGCAGCGGGAGCAGCCCGAAAGACACUAGGCCCCAGAUCUAUCCAAAAGUCAUGGUUCUCUCAAUUCCCGUGGCUGGAGGCCGACAAAGGGCAGACCACCCUCUUCUGCGUGGUGUGCAAGGAGAAGCCGCCCGCUCACGGCCCGGUGUCCAAACUAGUAACGGGAUACACCCGGCCGUUCAAAGUGGAGACCCUGAAGCACCACAACAAGAGCAAUGCCCACAAGCUGUGCGUCCGAGCGCUGACAGCUAAGGAGGACCCAGAUGGCGCUCCGGUGGCCGAGCGCUUGACUAAGAUGUCCAGCCACGUGCUGAGGAACAUGGAGCACCUUUUCAGUGCCGCUUACGACAUCGCUUACCACUCAAAGCCGCUGAACGAUUACGAGAAAGCGCUGGACCUCCUGCAAGUCAUGGGAGCCCCAAUCAUCCCCAGGUACAGGAACAGGGUGGCAUGCACUCUCUUCAUAAGGUGCAUCGCGGACACGCUGCGGAAGGAGAUACUUGACAGCAUCUGCCGCUCGCCCUGCGCCUGCCUCCUCUUGGACGGCUUCACGGAUUCGUCCGACCAGCCCUGCCUGGCGAUUUACAUCCGCUACCUCAAGAGAGCGGAUGUGAAGGAGUCGUACCUUUGCUUGGUGUCUUUGCCCAGCCACACCGCCGACGCCUGCUUCGCUGCCGCCGUUUCAGCCAUGGAUGAGCUGCAGAUCCCAUUCAGGAAACCCGGGUGGGUCGUGGGCCUUGCGACAGGCGGCGCAGCCAGCAUAGCGGCCUGCAAAAGUGCGCUCGUCGCCAAAUUCCAAGAGGUGAUCCCUCGCCUGUCCCCGGCCCAUUGUGUCACCCACAAGCUGCAGUAUGCAGCCAUCAGCGCCUGCUACAGGGACGUUGACUUUGUGAAGGACUGCGAAAAGCACAUCAGGGCGAUGUUCAAGUUUUUCCAAGCCUCCCCUGAAAGACUGAGGGAGCUGCAUGGUGCGGCUCCCCGCCUGGGCCAAAAGAUGGCCAAACUAAUGGAGUCAAACAGUGUCAGGUGGGUGGUGAGCAAGAGGCAAACUCUAAGCGUCCUUCUGGAAAGCUUGCCUGCUUUGGUUGCUCACCUUGAGCGCCUGUCAAAAUCUGGCAGCCACGAGGGGCAGAAGGCGAAAGGCAUGUUGACGUUCUUGAGGAGCUUCCAUUUUGUCAAGUUUUCCCACUUCUUGAUUGACUUCCUUCAAGUUUACAAACCCCUCUCGGAAGUGUUCCAGAGAGAAAGCGUCUUGCUCGGGCAAGUGAACGCUGCUGUGGAAGCUGCCUACCUCGCCUUGCAAAACCUCAUCCAACAGCCGGGACCGAAGGAGGAAGAGUUUAACGCCGCCGUGAAGGACGGUUCUUUCAGAGGGGUCUCCUUGGAUGUGGUCGAGAUGGGAGAGUUCCGGUUUCAAGUGGACCGGGCAAAAAUCAUCCUGACCGGGGCGGAAUACCUGCACCAGAGAUUUGACGGCGAGACAUCGCCCCAGCUCUUAAAAAGCACAGAAGUGUUUGAUACCGUGUGCCGGCCUGCUGCCGGGAGCUGCCUUGCCAAUUCUGGAGACGCUGAGGUACUUUCCAUGGCGAAAUAUUUUGAGUACGCUCUCCCUCCCAGCUACAGCGAGGAAAGUCUGCUGGAUGAAUGGGCCGGACUUAAAAACGUGGCCAGGGACCUUUUGUUUUCAGAGCUGUGCAGGAAGGCCAUUGCGGAGCGUCAAGCGUUUCCUUUGCUGAGCAAACUUGCCUCAAUUUCUGCAUGCUUACGAAUCUCUACAGGAAGCUGUAAGCGGGGCUGCGUUGUUAUGAACCUGAUAAGGACUUACGAGAGGUUGAAGCUUUCCAACGAAGUGGCAAACUCUCUUCUGAUGGUGGCAGUCAAUGGGGUGGCAGUGCCAGAGUUUGACCCGUUGCCUGCAAUCGAGCACUGGUACUUAACAUCAUCAGGCCGUCGUUGUUGACAACUCGGCCGCCGUCCUCACGUGCGUCGUUGAUGGGAUGCGGGCCGGAAGACAGUGCAGGGUGUGAAUAUGACCUAUAGUUGCAUUGGUGCAAGACAUCAGCACCUAAUUUCUCCCCUUCCUUUUCUCUCCCCUCCCCUUGUGUCAGUCUAACCCAGCUCAAAAGGGAGAACAGCCAUGUUUGAGCCAAAGGCAGCAGGCCAGAAAGGCUCUAGGGUUACCUAGCAACUCAACUAUUAACCCAUUGUGGUGUGCAGAGCUCGAAGAGGUUCCUGUAUGGACCUGGAUCACAGGCCAGGGUUGAGAGGAUAGUUGAUCACACAUGAGAAGUGUCCUGGGCCCAACAGAUGCUUUGAGCAGGCCUGGUGACGAUCUCAGGAUGCUCUGGCAGCUUCCUUGUUUAGUUAAAAAAAAAGGUUUUCAAAGCCAUCCUUUAAAAAAGCCAAAAAACAAGAAAAAAACAACCUACAAGGCCUUUGGCUCGACACAGACACUUCCACCUGUUACGUUUCCUUACUCAUUUUUUGAGGCUACGUUGUUAAUAUUGGUGUCGUUUAAAAUUUUGUUGCAAUGCUUUGGGUACCAAGGGGUACUAAAAAGAACAAAACACUUGUA